GCUUGGACCGCGGACCCAACAGGUUGUGUUCAGGUGAGCGUCGACGGUGUCGACGCUACGCGCGAGAGCUGCAUCGGGUGCCUCGCCCUGUCCCUCCGCCUCCGCGCCGCCCCCAACGAGUGCGAGUGUCGCGAGUGAUAUGUGAACCCCCGGCGAGUGAAGUGGAGUGUGUGCAGAGCGAAGUGAUGCCGUGGAAGCAGCGUGUGUGCCAAUAAUUGCCAUGGAUGGCUUAUAGUGAUAGAAAUAAGAAGUGUGAAGUGGUUCAGGAGCAGUGAACGCGAGCAUGGGCACCCUGGGCCUCUCGAAGGUCUUCAUUCUGGACAAGUACUUCACCGAGCUGCAGAAGUUCUGGGAGACAGAGAAAAAGCUCCAAGAUGCGUCUUCCUCCAACGAGGCGGUGCACCUACAGCAGCGGCUGCGCAGCCUCAGCACGGAGCUGGUGACGCUGCGUAACCGGCUCCACGUCCAGGGCGGGGCCGCGGGGGGACAGGGGCCACAGGGCCCCCCGGGCGGCCAGGGCCAGGGCCACGGCCAGGGGCUCGGGCCUCAUCAUGGAGGGCAGAACCAGGCCCCGCCCGUGGCCCCCAAGCCCAUGCCCAGCCCAGAGAAGGGCGUAGGUAUCCUGCACCCCGGCCACAUCAUCCACCAGCCGCUGCCGCCGACUCCGCUGCAACUGCAGCAGCAGCAUGCGCCGCCACCACCUCCCCCACCGCCGUCAGCGCCACCUCCGCAGUCACCACUUCCCCAGCAACUUACGCCCACUCCGCCCCACACCCCGAAGCAGGCCAGCGCCAAGCACAAGGAUAUGCAGUCCCCGCACUUGGUCGCUGGCCGCCACACGCCGGGCGAGCUGUCGCGGCCGCCCAGCCAGGCGCAGCUGCAGACCCCCAGCCAGUACGCCGAUCUGCACGACCUCAUCCACCUCCCGGGCCCUCUCACCGAGGACGCCGUGCUCAAGUGCCUCCACGGGAGGUUCGCCGCCAACCAGCUGCACACCAACGUGGGACCCAUCCUCCUGUCCAUGAACGCCUACCACGACGUCGGCAACCCCCUGACGCUCAGCUCCACCCGGGAGGUGCCCCUGGCGCCGCAGCUCCUGAGGGUGGUGCAGGACGCUGUCAGGCAGCAGGCCGAGACGGGCUACCCGCAGGCCAUGAUCCUCUCAGGCUGCAGCGGCUCCGGUAAGACAUACGCGGCGAUGCUGCUGCUGCGCCAGCUGUUCGACGUGGCUGGCGGCGGCCCCGAGACAGACGCCUUCAAGCACCUCGCGGCCGCCUUCACCGUGCUGCGCGCCCUCGGCAGCGCCAAAACCGCCUCCAACUCCGAGUCCAGUAGGAUUGGCCACUUCAUCGAGGUGCAGGUCACGGACGGCGCCCUUUACCGCACAAAGAUCCACUGCUACUUCCUGGACCAGACUCGGGUCAUCCGACCCGCGCACAACGAACGGAACUACCACAUUUUCUACCAGAUGCUGGCGGGGCUCACGCCCGAGGAGCGAG